AUGUCUUCUUUGCUCUACUCCCCUGCGAUUGAAUAUGUUUUACGACUAGGUCGAAUUAUUUCCUCUCCCUUCCUAACGGCUCCUCUGCUUCUUGCAGUCAUAUAUGCUCCUGAAGCCGUUCGCGAUGCUCUUGCUCCCAUCGUCGACAAGCUCCCAGACCAUGUCGCGUCAUCCCUGAACCUUGCAACGGCUCGGACAGUCCUGCAAAUCUUGGUUGGUCUUGGCGUUCUUAGGCAGAUCAACGAGACACUUAAUACCAUGGCACACAAUUCUUGGCGCUUAACAGCCAGCAAAGGCUGGAACUGGCCUGACGAAAUUGCCGUCGUCACCGGCGGCUCCAGCGGAAUUGGCAAGAGCAUUGUCGAGAAGCUCGUUAGUCUUGGUGUUCGCACCGCCGUCUUAGAUGUCCAAGACCUUCCGGGGGACCUCAAGGCGAAUCAACGGGUCUCCUUUUACCGCUGUGACGUGACUUCCACCGAGUCCGUGGCAGAAGCUGCCAACGCUGUUCGCCGCGAACUUGGACAUCCAUCCAUCCUCAUCAAUAAUGCCGGCAUCACGCAGCCAACACCAAUCCUCAAGAUGCCCGAGUCGUUUCUUCGCAGAAUCUUCGGCGUCAAUCUCAUGUCUCUGUGGUUUACCACCCAACAAUUUCUGCCACGCAUGAUCCAGUUGAACAAAGGACAUGUAGUCACGGUGGCAAGCAUUGCAUCUUUCGUCGGUCUGGCUACUGCCGCGGACUACUCGGCCACAAAAGCUGGAGCCUUGGCUUUCCAUGAAUCUCUGGUAUGCGAGCUGAAGCAAUAUUACAAAGCUCCGAAUGUCUUGACAACCGUUGUUCAUCCUAAUUUUGUUAGAACUCCCCUUGUUGAAGAUUUCGUGGAUCGAUUGGAAGGCUCUGGGGUUCGCCUGUUGACUCCCGACCAAAUUGCCAUCGAGGUAGUCAAUCAGAUUAGAAGCAAGCGUGGCGGGCAGCUAAUUGUUCCAAACUCGGCUUCCGUUAUUUCUGGUAUUCGAGGGUGGCCGACGUGGAUCCAAGAACUCCUUCGCGAUGUCAUUGGAAAGGGAGCGGUACGCCAGUAA